AUGCUCCGGGCGCCGGCCGUGCUGUGCGUGUGCGCGGCCGCCUGGUGCGCGCAGGCUCUGGCGGCGGUCGCGGGCCGGCCGGACGGCGGCAAUUUUCUGGACGACAAACAAUGGCUCAGCACGGUGUCCCAGUACGACCGGGAGGCCGGACAGUGGAACCGAUUCCGAGACGAAGUAGAGGAUGAUUAUUUCCGCACUUGGAGUCCAGGAAAGGCCUUCGAUGGGGCUCUAGACCCAACUAAAGACCCGUGCUUAAGGCUGAAAUGUAGUCGCCACGAAGUGUGCAUUAUUCAAGGUUCUCAGACCGCAGUCUGCGUUGGUCAGCGGAGACCCACGCACAGUAUGAAAGAUGCAGGAGUUGGGCAGAAGCAGUGGAGGGGUCCCCCGACAUCCACCUGCCAGCAGUGCCCGGGGGUCUCUACCAGCCCCGUCUGUGGUUCAGAUGGACAUACCUACUCUGCUCAGUGCAAACUAGAAUACCAGGCAUGCAUCUUAGGAAAACAGAUCUCAGUCAAGUGUGAAGGACGUUGCCCGUGUCCUUCAGAUACGACCAUGGGCUCAAGCAGGAAUAUGAAGAGAGCCUGCAGUGACCUGGAGCUCAGGGAGAUGGCCAGCAGACUGCGGGACUGGUUCAAGGCCCUGCAUGAGAGUGGGAGCCAGAACAAGAAGACGAAAGCAUCGCUGCGGCCGGAGAGAAGCAGAUUUGAUACCAGUAUUUUGCCAAUUUGCAAGGAUUCACUCGGCUGGAUGUUUAACAGACUUGAUACAAACUACGACCUGCUCCUGGACCAGUCGGAGCUUGGGAGCAUUUACCUGGACAAGAACGAGCGGUGCGCGGAGGCCUUCUUCAGCUCCUGUGACACGUACAAGGACAGCUCCAUCUCCAACAACGAGUGGUGCUACUGCUUCCAGAGGCAACAAGACCCACCUUGCCAGACAGAGCUCGGCAGUAUUCAGAAGCGGCUCGGGGUGAAGAAGCUCCUCGGACAGUACGUCCCCCAGUGUGACGCAGAUGGCUACUACAAGCCGACGCAGUGCCACGGCAGCGCUGGGCAGUGCUGGUGCGUGGACCGAUACGGAAGGGAAGUCGCGGGGUCCAGGCGGCGCGGUGCUGCAGACUGUGCUAUUGAUUUUGAGAUCUCUGGAGAUUUUGCAAGUGGAGAUUUCCGUGAAUGGGCUGCUGAUGACGAUGAAGAUGACAUUAUGAACGAUGAAGAUGAAAUUGAAGAUGAUGAUGAGGAUGAAGGGGAUGAUGAUGAUGGUGGUGACCAGGAUGGAUACAUCUGA